UAAAAAAUCAUUACUAAUCACUACUUUGAAGAGACAACAUAUUAAUACUAAUAACAAUAAUAAUAAUAACAUAAAGAUGUCUGAAAAGUCAAAUCGUGAUAAAUUAAUGGAUGCCAUCGAUGCAAUUGAAACAAUUGUCACUAAUCCUGAUGAUGGCACUUGUGAUCUGUUAAUCUACUUUGUAAACACAAUGAACAGAUUGUUGGCUAAGUUGCCCGGCCGUGAAAACAAGGGUCACCAACAAGACGAUAGUGGACCACAUAUAUCGGUACCAGUGCUUAAGUUACCGGUGGUAUCCGAGUCCAUCAGCCAAACGAAAGUCAAGGAAUCGGCCGCCAACACAGUGGCAACCGGUUUGAUCAACAAAGAGACCGACUCUGAAGAUAAUAAUAGAUUUUUUUCUCAGUGUAAUAUUGAACAGUAUUGUCAAGUUUGCAGACAAGACGGUGUGUUAUUAUCAUGCGAUUACUGUCCCCGAACUUAUCAUAAACAGUGUGUCGAUGACCACAACAUGACUGGCACUGCAACAAAAAAGUGGAUGUGUCCGCACUGUGUGAACCAAAACAAAUCACCCGAAACAUCCGGUCAAUCACUUGAUGACUACCAGAGCAAUGGUACAGAAACACCAAACAAAAAAGCCGAGAUAUGAUAGACAGAACACUGAUAUAACAAUGGCUACAAUUUCAUCCGAUUGUCAAACGUCUAAACAAUAAUUAUAUUAUUAAUAGAUAUAUAU